CGGGCAGACUCCGUCACGCGCGGACGUGGCUGCUGGCUGCUGGUCUCGGCUGACUGGUCGCAGUGCCGUCUCUUGCAGAGCAUGUUUCCACGAGGAGUCAGGGCGAACCCUGAGCAGGUAGCCUAUCUGCUGGACUACAUGAUGCUCCACCCUGCGUUCGCGUCAGGGCGCUGUUUGGGCCCAGCAGGACGGGCUAAGCUGAAAGCAAUGUGGAAGGAUCUGUGCGAGGCGCUGAACAAGCUUGGCUCACCGAAAGAUACGACAUUGUGGCAGAGAACUUGGAGUGAUAUGAAAACAAAAGCUCGGCGAAAGGCAAUGGCAAUCAAGUCGGCAAGUUUACACCAGAAACCUGGAAACCCCAAGAUGGUGGGGACUUUGACUUCUAAUGAAGCAAAAGUCGUAGCCAUUGUGGGUUUUACAAGCUGCUUGGGAAUAAGUGCACACAAUGAAAAGCCACUGAGUCAAGAAGAGCAGCUAGAACUAAUGGCUGAGGAAAAUUCGGAGGGAGAUUUGGAGCCGAUGGAGGAUGUAGACCCGAUAGAAUUCAAAGUGUUUCCUGAUGGAGAACUUCAGCCUGUGACAGAGGAAUCAAAACCCUUGUCCUUUCAAUUUGCACCAUCUCCACAGCAGCACCACACAUCAGAGCCAUUAGAUUCAUCAGAGCAAUCACAGUCAUCGUCGAAGCCACCACACUCACUGCAUUCAAUUCCAGAGUUGCAACAACCACCGUCUCCACUAUCCCUGCAGCAAACUCCGACAGGAAACCUAAGUCGGAAGCGAAAGCUCCGAAACAGCUCCAUAUCUGAAGGAAUAAAUUUGAAUGCCGGGCCAUAUGUUUCAAGACUGCUCAAUGUCACCAACAAAUUUGUAAAAAUGCAUUCAGCAUUGACAAACACAUUGAAGGACCAGACUGACAUAUUGGCUGCUGGUUCGAACAGAAUUGCAGCGGCUCUGGAGGGAAUACUCUCUGCACAGCUUGCGUACACUGUCGCUGUGAAUGCCAACACAGCUGCAGUGAAAGAGUUGCUGGGUCAAAACACACGCCAUAGUGAAGAAGUGACUGCUACACUAUAUGGUCUUGAGAGUGCGGUGCUGAAUAACACACAAUAAAACUUUAUAGUUUUAAUUUACUAUUAAUAGAUCCAAGAUUUGAAGAUAUUUAUUUUUGUCUCGGUUUCGCUUAGAAAUAGAAAAAUCAUUUAAUUUUAUACUAAGUUUAAAAAAAUGUUGACCAUAUUUCAUUUGAACAUGUUUAACAUAAGCAAUAUUAUUAACAGUAAAAAGGAACAUUUAAUUAUGUGAAUUUGUUUGAGUGCUACCUCUAAUUUGGUUUUGUAAUUAUGUACACCAUUUUAGUUUAACGCAUCCUAGAAUCUGAUACUUAAAAUUUUCUUCCCUCA